CUCUUCCCCGCCUCUUCCCCGCCCAACGCCCGACGUAGACAUCGGCUUAUUCUUAUGCGAAUUAAAAGCCUUCCUCAUGCCACCUCGACAGAAAAUAGAAUACCAUAACCCUGCAAUUUCCACGGUCAAUCUCAUCUGAUUCCAAUCGAGAAAAUGACAUUUGAGAUAUACAUUCCCUCCACCCUGACCUUCCAGGACUACAUCGCCGUCUGCCAAUGUGCGCGCACAUUCGCCGAUGGGUAUGAUCGGAAGGACAAAACCCGCCUCCGCGCCGCCCUCGCCCCCUCCGUGAUAGUCGACUACAACAAAGUCCUUCCCCACGUCACCCGCGAGACCUACGAAGCCGACCACUUCGUCGAGACAUGGCUGAACCCAAAAAACCUUGGGAACAAGGCUCUGGCGACGCAGCAUCUCCUCGGAGCACCAUACUUCAAGUUCGCAUCGGAGGAAAAGAUCGUCGUACAAUGGCAGCAACUUGCAAGCCACGGGCGGUGGGUUGACAGUCAGGAAGAGACAUCUCCGGUGAAGCGCAAGAUCGACGAGACGUCGGAUGGAAGAAGCUGGAUGCAGCAGACUUAUGUUAAGGUGGAUGGGCAGUGGCGGAUUCAGGUGCUGGAGCCGGAGGUUUUGUACCAUACGGGGGAUUUUCAGAGGAUUAGACGGCCGGAUGAGAAGGGUGAGGGGAAGCUUUAGGGUUGGGGGUCUGGGACGGUCGUGGUCGUGGUCGCCGUUAUGGCGAUGUGCCGAGUUUUCGGGACAGGGUAAUAGACCAUACAGCUCGCUGAAAUGUAAAGCUCACUUGCUUUUUACUCGUUAAGCUAAAUGAUCUCUUUGUGGAUGCUGUAUGUGACUGAGACUGUCGGAAGGAUGAGAGCAGUGUCGGGUUGUGGGGAUCUCGGGAUGUGGGCUGUCGGAUACACUCUGCACAGUAAACCCUAAC